AUGAGCCAGCAAUUCCCCUGGGGCUCUUCAAGUCAGCAACCCAGCGGACGGCGUGGCCUUACUCCCAUUUCAACCGCCUUCACCUCGACACGCUCCAACUCGGCUGCCAACAGCCCCUCGCGAUCCUCCUUCUCGCCCGUCAACAAUCCGCCUUCGGUCGCAUCGUCCGGCACCCGGCGCAUCAUCAGCCGCACCUCGUCCGCCUCGUCGACGUCGUCACCCUUCUCGCCGUCGCAAUCCGGAUUACAGCAGCAGCACACCCAGGGCCAGCUGCUGUCCUCCGGGCGCUCAAGAACCAUAGCUUCCCAAGGCGCCUCACACUUUGCUUCCUCCGCCGCGGCUUUGCCUUCCGCAUCGCAAGGUGGUGGAGGUGCGCCAAGCACCAGCGGCGGAGGGAGCUCCAAGGUAGCUCGCGCUUCGCCCUCACUAUCGCAGUCGGGCAACAUCGGCUCGCCGAGCAGCACGUCGACCGCAUCGGCUCCGUCUGGCCAGUCGCUUGCCAAAAUCGUCAUCGCACAAGUCUUUCUGCUCCUGAGCUCGCUUAAGGAAGACAAGGACAAGACCAAGUGGGAACAGCAGACCGAUCAGAUUCGCAAGCUGGUCAACUCAAACGGCAUGGAGGUCUUCUCAAAGUAUUUCCGCCGCCUGCUCCAGAGCAAUGCGCCGCAGAUCUUCCCGGGCAAUGCCAAGGGCGGUGACAACUCUGGCAGCUACGGCCUGCUUGUCGAAGAGAUGCACAAGAUAACGCGUGACCCCCAGCAAGCAUACAAGAUUGCCGAGUCAAUUGACACCACUGAGGGUGAUCUCUUCAGGGACUUUGACCUGUCCACAUUUAUGGAGCAUUUCAAGCUGGACCCCGUCGCCAAGACAACCCUAGCUUUGGCGUGCAAGACUUCGUCAAAGACGGAUCUGAGAACCAAGGCCGAUGCUAUCCUGUCCAACAACUACCAGAACUUCCUCAUGAGCCUCGUCAACUCCCAACCAGACUCACAAGACGACAUCCCAUCCAGCAUUCUCGCCACCGACAUCGACCGUCUGGCCCAAGACCCUCCACGCACGUGGAACGACGAGAGCAAAAACAGCCUGCUGUUCGCCAUCCGUACCAAGUACGACAAACUGACCGGCAUAUUACCUCCGGACGUCACCGCGGCGUUGCACAUGUUCGACCUACUCGAGAAUCAAAAUCCGUUGAUCAGGCACGUCCAGCGUGCCGGGCCUCGCGCAACCUUGAGCUUGGAUUCAUGCAAGGAGAUGCUCGCCUCAGUUGAAACGCGCGAUAUCAGCUAUCAGCAGGUUGCCAAUGCGCUUCUCUUCAUGGCAAUCACCCAGAAUGGCCAAGCAUACAACGCGAGCAACUUUGUGGCUGCAUUACGGGAGCACCGCGCGGGACAACGGUUGGACUGGCAGGACGUGGUUCACUCGUUCGAUCGUGAGAACCUGAAGGUCACAACGCAGCAGUUCCUGGCCCUGUACAACGCGUUUCUGCCUCUGGCUCAGGAGUACGAGAACUUCGACAUCCAGCUGCUGUGGGGAGGGUCUUGGAACCAUCAAGAAACCCAGCUUUCGUUCGUUGUGGCAUUCCUGGCCUGCUCUCCCGAAGACCUGGAUGUCACUCAGGUUCCUCGCUUGCGCAAGGCUUUCACGCUGGAGCAGUUUGAAGAUGCCUCUGAGGUAGUCAAGGAACGUGCAAAGGAAGUUGUUAAACACCCGCUCGUGUCGCUGGACGCGACGGCAGCUCUUUUCAACAUCAUCUUCCAGUCUCAAGAGACGUACAACAUUGCUCAACGCUCACAGAUUCCGCAGACGGUCAUUAACCAGAACACGGACAUCUUCGUCGUUGCCGCAUCCGCUGUACCCAAGCCAUGGGUUGGUCUCCAGGAAAUGGCCAUGCGUCAGCUCUUCGGACCUUUUGUCGAGAAACGCGUUCCGAACGUCUACAGCUUCGCACUGCAUGGUCUUUGGAAGCAGGACAGCAUUUGGGUUGCCGCCAGGUUCCUCGACUUCUACAAUGCCAAUCCUCUUUCCUUGACCACGAUUAUGGAACACGCGGCGGAACAUGCGUGGAUUCAAGAUCUCGUUGCGUUAAACUCCGAUAUGAGCUUGGACCUGGCAGCUCUUGCGCAUAGGGAGGGACUCUUUGACCUAGAUUCAUGGGCACAGGACACUCUGAGGCAAAUUCCGGUCUUUCCAAGGGUUCUCGCUUCAUUCCUUAACAACAAGGCGGAGACAGAUUUGCAAGCUCAGCGCGAGGGUGUCCCUCCUGCUAACGUCCCUUUGGCUGUAAAGACUGUUCACCCUCUUCUAGGCUUUCUCCAGGGCCACCUGCCGGACGAAGAGUUGGUUUCUCUGCAGCGGAUUUGCAUUGGAGCGUACCCGAGGUUGAUCAACUACGGCGAAGGCUUCGAUGAGAUUAUCGACGCUAACGGUAAAGACGGCAAUGCAAUAUCGCCGGAGGCCGAUAGGAAGAUGCAGGAGCAUUACAAAAACAUGUACAGCGGUGAGAGCGACGUGCGCCACAUCAUCGAGGAGCUACAGAAGUACAAGGCAUCCGAGGAUCCUGCAGAACAGGACUUGUUCGCUUGCAUGAUCCACGGUCUUUUCGACGAGUACAACUGCUUUGGAGAGUAUCCAUUGGAGGCACUGGCGACCACUGCUGUACUAUUCGGUGGCAUCAUCCAGUAUAACCUGCUUUCACGUAUUCCUCUCCAGGCUGGCCUGGCUAUGGUUUUGGAGGCGGUACAGGAUUACCCGCCGGAGGCUUCCAUGUACAAGUUUGGUUUGCAAGCGCUUCUGAACUUCUCCAACAGGCUCCACGAGUGGCCUAGUUUCUGCGACCGUCUUCUCCGUGUGCCGGGGCUUCAAGGCACCGAAGUGUGGAACAAGGCCGAAGAAAUCGUAAGACGGCAGCGCUCUGGAGAGGCCAACGGCGAAACCAACGGCGAUGCUCAGAAUGGCAUUUCUCUGACGAAUGGGAAUGUGGAGGAAUUCGGCCAGGAGUCAGCUGUCCGUCAGUUCAGCUGCUUGCACACCGACCCUCCACUUCGACCAGAACUUUACGAGGAUCCGGAUGAGGAGGUGCAAGAUAAGGUUCUGUUUGUGCUAAACAACGUCUCGGAGCGCAACAUCGUCGACAAGCUUAAGGAUCUCAAAGAAGCGCUAGAGGAGAAGCAUCACCAGUGGUUCGCCAGCUAUCUCGUUGAAGAGCGCGCGAAGAUGCAACCGAACUUCCAGCAGUUGUAUCUUGACAUGCUUGCUCUCUUCGAUGACAAGAUACUUUGGGCCGAGGUUCUUCGGGAAACCUACGUUUCUGUCAUCCGCAUGCUCAAUGCCGAGUCUACGAUGAACUCGUCAACCGAGCGCACUCAUCUGAAAAAUCUUGGUGGAUGGCUCGGUUCCCUGACGAUUGCGAGGGACAAACCUAUCAAGUUCAAGAACAUCUCGUUCAAGGAUCUGCUGAUUGAGGGUCACGACACGCAGCGACUUCUGAUUGUCAUCCCAUUCACCUGUAAGGUCCUCAUCCAAGCGAGCAAGUCGACAGUCUUCAGGCCCCCGAACCCAUGGGUGAUGGAGAUCAUCCGGUUGCUUAUGGAAUUGUACCACUUCGCCGAGCUCAAGCUCAACCUGAAGUUCGAGAUCGAGGUUCUGUGCAAAGGCUUAGAUCUUGAUCACAAGAUAAUUGAGCCAUCCGACUUCAUCCGGUCCAGGCCGCUCCAUGAAGAAGAGAUUUUGGGGCAGGCUAUACCAGAUGGCCUUGAAGGUUUCCACGAUUUGUCGUUGGUCGGCCUCAACCGCGCAAGAGCGGUGAAUGACCGGUUUUCGCCCGCUGCAAUUCAAGCAUCCUUGCCGGAUCUUGCUUCAGCUCUGGUCUACCCGCCUGCGUCUUCCAAUAUGGCAGCCACCAGCCGUUUGAGACAGAUCUUCCAUACGGCAGCGCAGUCCGCUAUUGCAGAGAUCAUUGCGCCGGUUGUUGAACGCUCCGUCACAAUCGCCGCCAUCUCUACAUCGCAACUAGUUGCAAAGGAUUUCGCCACUGAGGCUGACGAGAACAAGAUGCGGGAGGCUGCGCACACCAUGGUCAAGUCGCUAUCCGGCAGUCUCGCUCUUGUGACCUGCAAGGAGCCGUUGCGCAUGAGCAUCAUGAACAACAUCCGUAUCCUGGCCCGCGAUCUUCCAGAGCAAGCGCUGCCUGAGGGCCUGAUCCUCAUGUUUGUCAACGACAAUCUGGAUACGGUUUGCGGCAUGGUUGAACAAGCAGCAGAGCAGCAAUCUAUCGCGGAGAUCGACGUUCAAAUUGAAGGAGGCACUCGCGCGCGCCGUUACCACCGCAACACCAACCCUCGCGAGCCCUUCAACGAUCCCCCCGUCAAACACUGGGCUACUUUCAUUCCGGAGCCGUACAGACAGAGCCCUGGAGGGCUCAACGCGGAGCAACUGGCUAUCUACGAGGACUUCGGUCGUCAGGCUCGCGGCAUGUCCCAGGUCAACAACGCUUCCCAAGACAACGGCCGCCAAAUGUCAGAGGUGCUACAGGAGCAAUACCCUCAAGUUCCGAACCUACCUACGCCAGCAGAGCCCCCUGCUAUCCCCCGCCCGGGUUCCCAAGCUCCCACACGUCUUCAAACUGCUCCUCCGAUGUCUGCUACAAUGCCACAGGCUCAGCUCAAUGGCUAUGUCGAUGCUCAUACCGCCAGCGAGCGUGCAUUGACUCUCCUCUUGGAUCUGCAGCGCACUUCGAAAGAAGCUCAAGAGGAGCACAUUGAAGAGCUGGGACCAUCUGCCCCUACUCGCGAUGCUUUCGAGCAACUGAUCCAUCUUGUUGAGAGCUCGGGUACGACAAGGGACAACCUCUGCUUGGGCAUCGCCGGGCGCGUCGUUACCUACCUGUUCGCAGAGGCAGAGCGUCGCCUAGAGAUCGAGGUUAUGGUGCAGUUGGUCAUUCAAUUGUGUCAAAUCUCCGUCAAUACCUCUCGACAGAUUAUGAUGUGGCUUGCAAACAUCGAAAAUGAGCGCCUGCUUAACGCUCCGGUUGUCAUCUGCAUGGUUACCGCCGGCCUUCUUGAUCUACAGCGCGUCGACAUGGCGGCAUCCAAAGCUAUCCAAGCUCGCAAUUUGCACGCUUUGGAUUUCCUCUCCCAGUUCAUGGACGAAAUCCUCCUCGGUGCCACCCCUGCAGCUUUCCGCACAGACUUCUCUAGGUCGCUCGAAGCCCUUGCUCAAUGGCUCUCUGAGGAUUCUGAUCUGGAGGUCGGCAAACUGAUCAUGUCCAAGCUUCAAGUGCCGCAGGAGCGCGCGCCGACUCCUCCCGAUGUUGGUGGCAAGUACCAGGUUGAGUACGUGUUUGAAGAGUGGAUCCACCUGGUCCGCUACGGCCAACGUCAACCUCCUUCUGAGAGGAUGAUCGCGGCUUUCAUUAACCAGCUACAUGCCCGCGGCUUCCUGAAGAGCCAGAACGACUCUGCUCACUUCAUUCGUGUCUGCGUCGAGGCUUCGGUGGAUGCGUAUGAACGUGAGGAGCUUGUCCCCUUCCCCAGCCUGGACAAUGCCUACAUCUUCGUUGAUGGCUUGGCUAAACUCGUCGUGUCUUUGGUCGUCUACCAGAGCGAAAGUGAGGGCGCUACCGUCUCCAAAAAGCCGGGAUACCUUGAGGGAAUCCUAAGCUUGGUCAUCAUGGUACUGAUUCACCACCACCGUACCCGUCACGAGCGUUUCAACCAGAAGGUGUUCUUCCGCCUCUUCAACUCCAUCAUCUGCGAGCUUCACGACGUGAGAGAUCUUCUCCCGGGUCUUGAGCUAGAGUUCAUGUUGGUCAUGGGCAAGGCUCUCCUGGUGCUCCAACCCAAGCAUCUUCCUGGUUUCUCCUUUGCUUGGCUCACCUUGGUUUCACACCGCAUGUUCAUGCCUGUCAUGCUCAAGUUGGCCGAUGAUACUAGAUGGAAUCUCUACGCUAAGCUGACCGAAGUUGUCCUCUCUUACGCCGGUAACCUCAUGAAGCCGGUGGAGCCCAGCGUUGAAGCUCGCAACUUCUACCGAGGCGUUCUGAGGGUUCUUCUGGUCAUCCAUCACGACUUCCCCGAGUUCCUGGCUGAGAACCAUUUCCGCUUGUGCAAUGCAAUCCCGAUGCACUGUACCCAGCUGCGCAAUCUGGUCGUCAGCGCUUACCCAUCGUCCUAUCCUGAGCUUCCUGACCCCUUCACUGCGGGCUUCAAGGUGGACCGCCUUGAGGAUGUGAGGAAGGCUCCGGCAGUUCGUUGCGAUGUUGAAGAGCCUCUCAAGCUGCACGGCAUCAAGGAUACCGUCGACGCCCUUCUCCGGACGACCGAGCAGAGUCCGGAGGAAAUCCAGAAGCUCUGCGAUGCUAUCUACUCUCCUGAGCGUGAAGAGACUGGACUGGCUUUCGCUCCAGUUCUUGUCGACACGGCCGUUCUACAUUCCAUCGCCCUCUACGUCGGCAGCAACGCUGUCUCCACUGCUGGCAAGGGCCCAGUGUUCAGCGCCACCUCACCUCAUGCGAAGCUUUUGGAAAACCUUGCGAAGGAGCUGCGCGCUGAAGGCCGCUACCACUUCCUUAGCGCCAUGACAAAUCAGCUGCGUUGGCCCAACAGCCACACUCAUUGGUUCAGCUAUGCGAUUCUGCACCUUUUCGGUUCCAGCAGCGACCAGAUUAGCCUCGACGUCAAGCAGCAGAUCACGCGUGUUCUCCUUGAGCGCCUUCUAGUCCACCGCCCGCACCCCUGGGGUCUCAUCAUCACACUGCUGGAGAUUCUCAAGAACCGUGAUUACCAAUUCUGGGAGUUGCCUUUCGUCAAGGCGGCACCUGAGGUCGAACGCCUCUUUGGGGCCUUGUUCCAGCACAUCAACCAGAGCCCGAGGGCUAUUUCGUAA